CAACACCUCCAUUUUAUAUAUAUUUAUCUAUAACUUUAUGUUUCGACAUAUGAGGUAAUCGGUGUACUGUACGUAUAUCAUCAUUUUUGUACUUAAUAUUUAAGUUUACAACAAAAGUUGCGAGUUCAAUGUGAGUGAAAUAUUGUUCGGAUACUUUGUAAAACAUGACAACUACCGUAACAGAUGUACAGCAACCUAAUUACGCGCAGACUCAACGACAACCAACACGACAGCAAGUAACGUUAACACCAGAAGAGACAAUGGUGAUGCAAGCAUGCAUGAAAAGGUCGAGUGUACUUGUUCCGACACUUCUCGGUGCAGCCGCCGGAUAUGGAGUUAUCAGAUUAUCUCCAUUUCGCGGGAAUACCACAAUUACUGCAAUAUGUACUAUGGGAACAGGUGUAGUAAGCAUGUUACUGGCUAGAUUAGCUAUUGCCGAGAUGUGUUUAAGAAAAGUCGCAUCCAUGCCAAACAGUAAUCUUAUAGAGAGAUUGAGAGAAGCAGGUUAUGAUAGUUUUGCGAGUCGGAUGCAGCCUGAAGGCUUUCGACCAUUAGUUGUACAAUCUGAGAUUCAGAGUUCAGAAGAAUCUACAGCAUCACAAGAGUCUACAGGAAUAGUGUUUAAUGACUAUCCAUCAAUGAACACAUAUGAUACAUAUUCUAGCCUGAAUUACGACAGCGACUUGUCAGUUUCCAAGGACACGGAUUUGAGUGAACCGAUGAAUUUGCAAAAAGGCGUCAAUUACGACGAAUUGAGGCGUCAAAAUAGAGAUGAAUUCUAUAAGAAAAAUAAGCAAUGGUACACUCCUAGAACACGAGAGCCUCCAAGUGAGAGCUACGAACCAAAAGAAGCAACCGAACAGAUUCCUGGAAACACUAAAUCUUCACCGAUGCAAGAGAAAACUAAAUACGGUGACGUGUGGGGUUGAAAUUUAGUUGGAAUUUAUAUCUGCUAUAGAAUACUAUACGUACAUGCGCGCGUAUGUAUACAUAAAUUGUAUUUUGAAAUAUAUGAGUAAAAUUGA